AUGAAAGAAGUUUAUGGUGGCGAUACACCAUCAUACGGCGUAGUCAAAUUCUGGCAUCGCCAGUUCAAAUGUGGUCGGAUAUCGGUGGAAACUUCAAUUUCUGGACAACCACAUUCCGCCAUUGACGACGAUACAAUCCAUAAAGGGAAAGCCGCCAUUUUGAAGGAUCGCCGCAUAACUAUUCGGCAACUAGUCCGAGAAGUGAAGAUAAGUGAAGGGUCCAUGGAAAAAAAAAUCACGACCAUUUGCACACGCGGAAGUUGUCUGCACGAUGGAUUCCCCGGAUGCUCACACCUUUUGAGAAGUAGCAACGAGUUAACUGCUCCCAGACUCGUUUGGCAAUGUUCCAAGAAAAUGAAGAGGACUUUUUCAGUAGACUUAUCACACAAGAUGAAAUAUGGGUCUAUCACUAUGAUUCCAAGACUCACUAUGAUUCCGAGACACUAUGAUUCCGAGACAACUGCUCCCAGACUCGUUUGGCAAUGA